AGGCAGGCAGCGGCUCAGCUCUCAGACUGAAGCAGACAAAGGCGAGGGGAAAGACGGCGUGCUCCCAUCCUGCAGUGUCGACUCACUCACAUCCACUCCCACACUCACACACCCACACCCUCACUCUCACUCCCUUCACUCCGCAAGCAAGCGACGCAGACUCUUCGGAGCUGGUCACCACCACCCCGCAUCCGUCACAACCAUCGCAACUGUCCGUCACCAUGGAGCUAGACUUUGGACAUUUUGACGAGCGAGACAAGGCAUCCCGUACCCCGCGGGGCGGGCGCAUGAAUGGUCUCCCCAGCCCUACCCACAGCGCCCACUGCAGCUUUUACCGCACGCGCACUCUGCAGGCCCUCAGCAACGAGAAGAAGGCCAAAAAAGUGCGCUUCUACCGGAACGGCGACCGCUACUUCAAGGGCAUCGUGUACGCCGUGGCCAACGAUCGAUUUCGCACCUUUGAUGCCCUCCUGGCUGACCUCACACGCUCUCUCUCUGACCACAUCAACCUGCCACAGGGAGUCCGCUUCAUCUUCACUAUUGAUGGCGCACAAAGGAUCUCAACACUGGAUGAACUAGAGGAAGGGGAAAGCUAUGUUUGUGCGUCGGAGAAUCUCUACAAGAAGGUCGACUACACAAAGAACGUCAACCCCAACUGGUCUGUGAAUGUAAAGGCCGUGGCGAACCAGAAGAACAUGCAGGCCUACGCUGCCCGAGCUGCGGGCGCCCCCGGAGGAGAGGGCCGGGACUUUGUUCGACCCAAACUCGUGACGGUGAUGCGCAGUGGCGUGAAGCCGCGGAAAGCCGUGCGGGUUCUGCUCAACAAGAAAACGGCUCACUCCUUCGAGCAGGUCCUCACCGACAUCACCGAGGCGAUCAAGCUCGAAAGCGGCAUCGUCAAGAGGAUCUACACACUGGACGGCAAGCAGGUCACCUGCCUGCAGGAUUUCUUUGGGGAAGAUGACGUCUUCAUCGCAUGUGGACCAGAGAAAUUCCGUUAUGCCCAGGACGACUUCUCUCUGGAUGAGAACGAAUGCAGGGCGAUGAAAGGAGUCAAAGCUCAGCGUGGUUCAGUAAAGAGUCCCGGUCCAGUAAGGCGCUGCAAGUCUCCUGCUGAAUCAACCAAUGGCACGGGCUCCAGCAGCCAGCUGUCCACCCCACUUUCCAAGCAUUCCCCCACCUCCACCCCCACCAGUCCAGGCAUCGGCAACAAGCAGAAGGAUCUCUACCUGCCCUUAUCUCUGGAUGACGAUAACGAUUCCCUGGGUGAAUCGAUGUAGACUCCCGCAGCCGCCGUCUUUUCUUCUUCUUGGCCUGAAGUUUUUAUACCUUCCGCUCACAGUGCCACCUGUUGUCUCGGAGGAUCCCUCCACAUCUCUUUAUAAGGCCUUAGCCGACGUGACACAAUUUGCUGCUUGACGAUGCCACAAACCACUUUUUCAAAGCAGUUUCGACCAAAUUUGGAACACUCACGCUCACUACUGUUCAGACAUCAUUUCUACACACAGGUCAGACUCUAUUUCACAAAAAAAAAAUGGGUGCACACGCUCACGAAACCCACAGACUUCACGGUGUCGUAACAAAAUUCACUUUGGUUUUCUGACAUUUUGUUGAAGGAUGUCACAUAAUUUCAAGCAGCAAAUUGGUAUUUUUAGGGGUGUUAGACGAAAGCAACGCCGCUUUUGUAUCGCUUGUAUUCGUGAUGUUCCUCCAUGUCUUACUGUCUCUCUGCACUCCCAUGGUUAACGGUGUGAAAGGUCAACGGGUUCCCUGUCAGAGGGAAGUCGAGCAACUCUCUGUAAAUACUGUGUAUAGCUUUAUCCACCAUAACUUCUCUGUCCAUUGCUGUGCUUCCGUAUCUCCACCAAACUCUCUCUUGUCUAACGUUUGCUCAACAUAAUACAGGGUAUGAUGAAAGAAGCAACCAAAAUGGAGUCCCUGUGCAGAGGUCCUUUGGCCUCCUGGAUGACAAUUCAUGUUCCCAGCUUGUAUUUAUUAGAGGAAUUAAAAUUAAUAAUAAUAAUUAAUAACGAGAGAACAAAAAUCAGAGUUUCUAAACCACUGCAAGCCUGGAGGCCUUAAAAUCCACACUUUGUCAGAGACGGUCUCACAUACAAAGGGAAAUCUUCAUGUUGGUGUUUCCUCUAUUUUCACCCGCUCCGUGUAGAACAAUAGGCUAUACAUAGUAUGUGUUUUAGAUGGUCACAAACUGUGGUGCAUGGUAUCAGUGAAUGACCACAACACUAAGGACCUAACGUCAACAACAACCAAAGGAUAAACAACAAUUAGGCCACGCAUUACAUAUAGUUUUAUUGUCCAAGUCUGAGUAAACUCCCUGUUUAGAAGCUUCAUCAUGACACCACCACAGAUGGUGAUGCGUUUGCAGUAUACGACGUGUGAAACUCCAUGGUAAAUAAAAAGGUCUCAAAGCCAAAGCAUGAUUUUUCGACUUGGAAGACCACGUGUGUUCAGUUCCAGACGCAGCACACGCGUGGAGAUUUAUGCAUGUUGCUUUUAAACGCAUCGAAAAUGACGAUUUACAAAAGAUUCCAAUCGUGCUCAUCUGAGGGAAUAAUCUGUAGUGGGAUUCCUGCUCUUUUUUUGCAUGGCUCAACAUAGACUGUCGGAAUCCAUGGGUGGGUUUGAAAUUUAAAAAAAAAAGUCUAUUCGUUUUUAUCAAGGAUUGUUUUUCUACUUGCGUACUUUACUCAAGCCUCUGUGUGCAACUCUGUUUUGUAGGUUUUUUUUUUUUGUCUCACAAAAUCUGCCCAGGAGAGUUUUCUCAGGUUUUGCAGGGAAUCAAAGCUGAGAAAUCCUCUAAAUUGGACAAUGCUUAAGCACAACGCAGGGAGCCACUUAUUCUAUACAUCACAGCAACAGACACUUUACUGUCUCCUUGCCGCCGUUCAAAUCGUGACCACAAUUAAUUUCCUCGAUGUUCUGAUGAAAAUGCUGCACGCGUAGCGUUCAUUGAAUUAACAUCUAUGCAUUCAAAUUGAAGAAUAGUUGAGUUUCUUUAAUGUAGAGUGUGACCUUUUUAUACCUACUAGAAUAAUAAGAUAAGGGACUGAAUUUUUUUUUUUUUUUAAUUGCUUACUGGAUAUGUUAAUGACAAAUUACAAAAAAAAAAAAAAAUCUGGUGUACCGAGUUACACUUCUCUCCUGCAGGGAGCGCUGUCACACCAGCACAGCAGCUUAACAACAUCAGCAGGGACACUUCACUUUACCCACCAUUUUGUACAAAUGCCACAGUAGUUGUCGUUUUUUUCCUCCGAGCUUUCAGUUUUGUAUAACCUCACAUGCUAAUAAUGGUCUUUUUCUACAUCUUAUUACAGCGCUACAGCGUUUUAAACAUUAACACAAGAUGUUGGUUGUCUCGUGUAAACCGGCCGCCGUCAUGUAAGAUGGACGGUGUCACUUCAUCACCUACAGUGGUGCCUCUUUUUAUUUCUUUAUUAUUAUUAUUAUUUUGUUUUUUAGAUAACUGUUGUUUGAUAAAUAAGACCGGACGUGGAAGGCUUGUUGUUUGUUGACAGCAGUUUGUAAAACAUUUUAAAUGUCUUGACUGAGGAAGUUUCCAAAUGCAUUUUGGUCACAGGACACGUUAUUCUGGUGUAAAUACGCCUUUCUGAUCGACUGAAUGACCUUUAUUUCUUGGGAUAUUACAAUGUCCUUUUUUUGUGGUAUUUUGCAAUGUCACAGUGGCUUGUUUCAGUGCUUCAUUCAGUGUUUUAACCGGUAUCCUUUUGCAAAUUAAAACUGUUGUAUUUCA